GGAGCGGCUGCACUUUAGAGUCUUUACGUUACAGCCCCGGGUCACACAGGAGAAGCAUUGCAGGCGGCAUCACCAUGGUGCAGCAAGUAGACAGCCUGGACCUGGACAGCAGCCACCCCACAGACACCGAGGAGGGGGAAUUCAUGGCUGGCAGCCCUGUAGCCUUGGAUGAAAGUGACCCGGACUGGUGCAAAACGGCUACCGGCCACAUCAAGCGACCCAUGAAUGCAUUUAUGGUAUGGUCCAAGAUCGAGAGGAGAAAGAUCAUGGAGCAGUCUCCGGACAUGCACAACGCUGAGAUUUCCAAGAGACUGGGCAAGCGCUGGAAAAUGCUGAAUGACAGCGAGAAGAUCCCAUUCAUCAGGGAGGCGGAGAGGCUCCGGCUCAAACACAUGGCUGACUACCCUGACUAUAAGUACAGACCCAGGAAAAAACCCAAGCUGGAGGCAUCUGCCAAGCAAGCCCUGGGGCAGUCUCCAGAGAAAAGCCCCAGUGGAGGUGGCAUCAAGAGCAGCAAAAGCUCCACCACCACCACCAAGAAAUGUCCCUCCAAGCUGAAAACCAGCAAACCCGGGGCUAAGUCCCCACAGGAAUACUCUGGGAUGGAAGACUAUGUGUUUGGCAACCUCAAGGUGAACAAGGCUGUGAAGUGUGUCUUCAUGGAUGAGGAGGACGAGGAGGAGGAAGAAGAAGAGGACGAGCUGCAGAUGAGGAUAAAACAAGAGGAAGACGAUGAGCAGCUGAGACCAUACAAUGUCGCCAAAGUGCCGGCCAGUCCCACCUUGAGCUCCUCGGCAGAGUCUACAGAAGGGGCCAGCAUGUACGAGGAGGUGAGCCAUGCCACCAGCAUCAAUGCCAGCACCACCAACAGUAGACUCUACUACAACUUCAAGAACAUCACCAAACCCAGCACAGCACAACCCACCGUCACCCUGGCCCCAUCCCGCCUGGUGUCCUCUACUACCUCAUCCUCCUCCAGUGACAAAGAUGAUCUCCUCUUUGAUCUGAGCUUAAACUUCACCCAGAACCCUCAGGCCACCGAUUUGGGCAACUCCAAUUCAGGAAACCUUUCUCUCUCCUUAGUGGACAAAGACCUAGACUCUUGCAGCAGUGAGGGAAGUCUUGGUUCCCACUUUGACUUUCCAGAUUACUGCACCCCAGAACUCAGCGAGAUGAUUGCAGGGGACUGGCUGGAAGCCAACUUUUCAGACUUGGUAUUUACCUACUGAUUUUCCUUUUAUUUUUAUUUUUUAUUGUUAUUAUUAUUAUUUUUGUAAUUUUUUGUAUUGAUAUUUUUGGGGUUGGGAUGUUGAACAGACACUAAAAAAAAAGAGGAGGGGGGCGGGGUGCUGAAGAACUUUUUAAGAAAUGAAGGGGAUGGGGAGGGUGCUUCAUUUCCCUGCCUGUGAUUUCUGGCUUUCACUGUAAAGAUGAGUGAAGAAGAAGAAGACAAACAUGUGGGUUUUUUUUUUUCUUGAUGAUCAACAGUCUGGAAGAUGUUGUGUAGAAAUGUAUAUUUCUUGGCAGCUGAGCUGAUUCUCAAGGGGGUCAUUGUGUAUUUUUUUUUUCUUUUUCUAUACACAUUUCAAAUCUGAUGAAAAGACUGGCAACCACCUUUUUGGAGGGAGAAAACUGAUCUCUUCUAUGCAUCUGAUUUAAUUUUAUUUUUUUUAGAAGCUGCAGGGAGCUGAAAAAAACAAAAAGGAAAAACACAGGACAACCUAACACUUAACUGUGAACUGAUCUCAAUCAGGAGUUUUUACUUUUUUCUCAGAUCAACAAAGAAAAGAAAAAAAAAAUGUAUAUGGUUUCACAAUGUGAUUUUAAUUGCCAACUUUUUUUGUACCUUGUUCCCUUAAUACCUCCUUGAAUUUCAGACAACCCAGACCUCAAUACAAAAAAAAACAAACGAAAAAAUAAGGUAUUGACACAUUUUUGAUACAUGACAGACCUCAGUCUUUUUUAAAAAUUAAAAUAUUUUCAGGCGUAUUUUUGUACAGUUAUGAACAAAAAGGGAACAUUCCUGCUGUCAUCUUGUUGUUGUUUUUUUUUAUAUUUUGUUGUCCUUUUCAGUGACACGUUCAGGCACUUCCUAUGUUUUUUUUUUUUUUUUUGUUGCUGUUGUUUUAUCUGUUUUUAGCAUGCAAGUAAUGUUGAUACAAUGAUGUCCUGAUCUAAGGAUUAAAAUGGAAUUUAAAAGUAAAAAAAAAAAAAAUCCUUGCAUCUAAAAAAAAAGGAUAAUAAUAAGGCCUUGUGAUUAAAAAAACAAACACUUUUUUGUACAGCUAUAGUUGAGAUUUGUCCAAUAUUUGUAGGUAAAGAUUUAUUGAAAUGGUGACAUAGACCUCAGAGCUGUUAGCUUGAAGAUUGUAUAUGUACUGUAAUAUAGUAGGAUUCUAUGUAUAUCAUAUGCUGUGAUAUGUGGAUGGGGCCUGAUAGAAAGUUAUGAAACUGGAUGCUGGAUUUUUAGCAAAUUAAAAUAAAAUAAAAAUGACAUUAAAAAAAUUAAUAAAAAGGCACAUAAUAAAAGGUUUCUAAAAAAUGUGCAAUAUAAUUCGAAAAAAUGAAUACAGACCAUCUGCAUAUUUCCUAGCAAAUGAUGGAAAAACAGCCUUGUGCACUGUCUCCACAUCAUUGCCUGUUUUCCUAAUGCUGAAAGUCUGUAUCUUGAUGAUUUUAAUAAAUCAGCUGGAACUGAUAGAAACUG